CGUUCUCAACGUCUACAGUGUAGCGUCAGCUUCUCUGGUAGGAGCUCAUAUUUCUAUCGUCGCUGGUCGUGCUAGCGUCCGUACAGAAGUCUCUCUUGUUGCUCUUUCGCUUGCCAGGUGGUCAGCGGUGUCAUUGGCGUCAGCAUUUGCUGUCUUACAGAGAAAACUGCGACUAGUCGAAUAAUCACAAGAUCGCUAUGAGUGACGUGGAAGAAGUCGAACUUUCAACUGACGAAGAGAUUGAAGUGGAAGAAGAGAUUGAAAUUGAAGAAGAGAUUGAAGUGGAAGUGGAUGUAGAUGAUGAUGAAGAUGAUGAUGGACUAGAAGAGGAGGAGAGCAUGUCUGCUAGACAUGCAGUUACUGAACCAUCAGAACCAAUGCCCUCUUCGUCGUCUCAUGAUCGAUACAGAUCUACAAGGACUUACCAAGAGGAAGAUGAGGAGGAUGAAAACGACCUUGAUGAGGAGGCAGCUACGAGUAAACAUGAUGAAUUGCAUAAGAGAAACACUGAACUAGAGAGAAAGCUUGAAAGAUUGCAACACUCUUUGACAGAGGAAGAAGGUGCUAAGGAUGAUUUGGAAACUGACAGACGGAGGUUGGAGUUGGAAAAUGAAGACCAUAGGGAACAACUAAGGGGGCACAAGAGUCGAGAACGAGAUUUACAAGAUGAAUUGGAGAGAGAGAAAAAGUCAAGAAUGACACUUGAACGUCGGACACAAGAUUUAAUAAUGCAAGUUGAAGACCUUGAAGAGAGAUUGAAUUCUGAUGAUGCUCCUGCUGGUUCUGGCAUGCUGCAGGCUGAGAAGAAGAAGGUAGAAGCAAAGAUGAACCAACUUAGACAGCAGAUGCACUCACAAGAGGAGGAGCAUGAGCAGGCCAUAACUGCCCAGAAGAAAAAGCAACAGAUGGCAAUGCAGGAGCUGGAAGAUCGGCUAAGUCAGCUGCAGAAAGCCAAGACAAGAAUAGAAAAAGAGAGACAAGCAUUACUAAAUGAGAAUGAAGAUCUUCAUGAGACUGUGGAGCAGUUGACCAAAGCUAAAGCUGCUUCAGACAAGCAACUCCAUCAAUUGGAGGCUCAUCUUGCUGAUUCUCAUUCUAAACACGAAGAUAAGGAGAAGAAGUUAACCUACACAGAAAGUGAAAAGGGCAAGCUGACUAGUGACUUGCAAGAUGCCAAGGCUUUAGUGGAGGAAACUGAUGCCAAGCUGAAAGCUCUGACAAAGUCACAUAAAAGUCUUCAGUUGGCUCAUGACGAGUUGAAGACAUCAUUGGCUACUGAGCAGGCUGCUAGAGGUGAUUUGAGUGGAAAGCUAAAAGCAGCCCAACAAGAAGUUGCAGCACUAAAGGAACAACUAGAUGAAGAAGAGACUGGAAAGACAGAACUGCAGCGAAACUAUGCAAAGGCUUCUACAGAAGCAUCACAGUAUAAAAGUAAACUGGAGGGUGAAGCAAAAGAAACUAUUCAAGAAUUGGAAGAAUCAAGGAAGAAGUUGCAAUUCAGAAUUUCUGAAAUGGAAGAGGAAGUAAAGGGAAUGCAAACAAAAGCAAUGAACUCUGAGAAAUCUAAGAAUCGUCUGGCAGCGGAAGUAGAAGAUCUUGCACAGGAACUUGAAGCUGCUCAAGUUGCAAGUGCUGCUCUAGAUAAGAAGGCAAGAAAAGUUGAGCAAGUAGCAGCUGAAUGGAAAGUGAAGGCAGAAAGCACAACCUCAGAACUGGAGGACACAAGCAGGGAAUUGAAGAGUCUCCAGGCUGAACACAACAAAGUUAAAUUGCAGUUGGCUGAAGCCACGACUGAUCUAGAGUCUGUACGUCGGGAAUUAAAGCAGAAGCUGAAUGAAAUUCAAGACUUGAAUGAGAGUGUUGCUGAUUUGUCAAAACAACUUGCGGACACAGAAAAGGCCAGAAAGAAGAUAGACAUGGAAAAGAAUGAAUUAGCAGCACAGUUAGAGGAUGCGGAAGCUACUCUUGAGGGAGAAGAAGCCAAAGUGCUGCAAGCUCAAGUUGAAAAUCAACAGCUGCAGCAGCAGAUGGCAAAGAAACUCGGAGAGAGAGAUGAAGAAAUAGAGGAGUUAAAGAAAACACAUGGACGAGCUCUAGAUGCAGCACAAGAGAAGGCUGAACUGGAAGCAAAGUCCAAGCAAGAGCAGUCUAGGCAAAGGAAAAAGGCGGAAGCUGAGUUGGCAGAGCUUGAAACAAGAUUAGCUGAAGAGCAGAAGAAUGCAGAAGAUCUUGGGAAACAAGUGAAGAAGCUUCAAGGUGUUAACAAGGAUCUACAGCAGCUGUAUGAUGACGAGACACACGCUCUAGAAGAUGAAAGAGCUACCGUUGCCCGACAAGAUAAGCGAAUUCAUGAAUUAGCAGCUGAGCUAGAUGAAUUGAAGUCAACGUUUGAAUCGGUCGAGAGGACUCGGCGUCAGUUAGAAAGUGAUCACGGGGAAGCUCAAGAACGUGCAUCUGAACUAGCCCAAACACACGGCCAGGUGUCAGCAGCAAAGAGGAAAGUUGAGCAGGAAUUAGUGACAUUGCGUGAUGAAUUGGAAGAAGCUCAUGCUGAUGCCAAAAGCAAUGAGGAAAAAUAUCGUAAAGAGCAUGAACUUGCUACACGUUUGGAGGCUGAUCUAGACAAGGAACGCAAAGCUGGGAAGGCUUUAGAGAAAACUCGACAAGCACUUGACCGACAGCUGAAGGAUAUGCAAGCAAGAGUUGAAGAAAUAGAGGAGUCAGUGAGUAGGGAAUCAAAGAAAGUUGCAGCAAAACUGGAGGCCGAGAUCAGUGAUUUGAAACGUGAGCUUGACAAUUCUGAGAAAGCUAGAAAUGAUGUUAGCAAGAACACCAAAAAAGUGGAAAGGCGCAUGAAAGAAGUGAAUUUCAAUUUAGAUGAAGAGCGUCGAAAUAGUCAAACUCUUCAAGAACAGCUGGACAAGACCAAUGCUCGCAACAAGUCAAUGAAACGAAACAUGGAUGAACUGGAAGAGCAACUAGAGUCGAUGAAGGCCAAGAAUCGUACCAUAAGCCACGACUUGGAAGAGGCUCUAGAAAAGCUAGAGAGUGCCGAGUCCCAGCUAGUCCGACGAGCGGCUUCUACGAAACGUCAAGGUGGAGCACGUUCUCGUCGUGUUAGUGAACCUGUUGAGGAAAUUACUACCUAAACCAGAUUUGCUCAACUAAACAGCAACUUGAUGAAGAUGAUGAUGUAAGCUACUUGUCAUCUUACUCUUCAAGAUAUUCGUAGUUGUGUUGGAGACUGUGUCGUUGUGGUUCUGGCUUUUAGUUGUGAAUCUAAACUACUCUUGAUUGAGACUCGUUUGUUUUGAAGUAGGAAUCUAUAUGAAUCUAGCGGUAGUAUGCAUGAUCAAUUUCAGCAUCAGGUUUAGCAUUUCAAGAAAGUGAGUAAUAGUGAACACUGUUGUGACAUCA